GAAAGUAUGCCACAACAAAAACACUAACUUCCGGUAGCAGGACUGCUAUAUAAAUGAUCGUCGGCGCUUGCGGUUAGAGGAAUUUUAAAGACUCUGGACAAAGAAAGAUGAUUUUCUUAUUAUUGUUUUUCACCGUCUCAUUUGUAUCAGCCUCCGAUAAAUACGUAAGGCUUGAAGAUAAAACCUCAGAUCCGGGUUUACCUGAACAUGUUACCAUUGAUGUUGUCAGAAAUGGUCGGGUUGUCACCAGACUUAACCUGCAAGAAAACAAGCGUCUGAAUGAAAAUGCCAAUGUUUACGAAUCCGUUUAUGACAAUGGAAAACUGAGGCAAAGAAAGAGGGAAACAAAACCAAUGACGGGUGUUAAAUAUUAUCAAGACAAAAGAAAUGGAGCAGCAUUGAGUGUAACUUGUGAAGAAACACCUACUGGACACUGUAAACGAGCUGUGGAGGGAUAUUUAGAUAUCGGAGAAGACACCUUUGAGAUACGUCCUGCAACUCAUCCCGCGGAUAAACGAAUGACUAGCAAUAAACGUGACAAUCUCCAUUUAAUAUCAAGAGUCGCCCAGUUUAAGAAUUCGCAUGAAAGGAAAAGAAACACAGAACAAGAGUACCCAAAAGAUUAUAUAGAAACCGACAAAACAAUGAGGACUGGCAAAACGAACGUCAGGCGGCAAUCUGUGACAUCAAAGACAGAAUAUGCUGUGGAAAUCAUUGUAGUCAUUGAUCCUUACUUGUGGAAAAGGUAUUUAGACAAGACAGAAGCCACAGAUGGUAUGACUAAGGAGCAAGCAACUGAAUAUCGACUGAGAAGAAAACUCGCCCACAUCAUCAAUGGUGUCAGUCUUAGAUACGAAUCAAUAGAGGACCCGGCAUUCAAUGUAUAUGUGACAAUUUCAGGAUUUAAGUUCUAUAAGACGGAUGACGAGACAAGUCCUGUUCCAAAAGAGGGUUAUGCACCUACAUUCCAGGAAGGAGAGCCGUAUGUAGAUGCUGAACCAUAUGUAAACCAUCUCGUCGAUUGGCAGUCUAAUCUCAAAGGUCUACAACAUGACGAUCAUAUAAUGGUAUUCACGGGAUGCGUGCUUUAUUAUAAUGGAAACAUAUCCGAUACAUCUGUUGCGGGCAUAGCUCACAUGGGCGGCGCUUGUUCUUCGGAAAGGGUCUCACUUCAGGAGGAAGGGAGUUAUUAUGCGACCACUGCUGUUGCUGCACACGAACUUGGACAUAAUCUGAAUGCGGACCACGAUGGCGACGGAACGUCAAAGGAUUGUGAAGCAGACGACAAAUAUAUUAUGGCACCAUGGGUAACUCAGUUACUGUCAAAAGAAAAAUACACCGUGAACCCAUGGAGAUUUUCAUCAUGUUCUAUUGCAUCUUUCAGGUCAUAUUUUCAAUCAGAGUAUGGAAAAUGCUUGACAGACCACGGAGACUACUAUGAUAAAACGGAAUGGGACAAGCACAACAAGAAGCUACCCGGUGAACUUCACAGUCUUGAUCAACAAUGUAAACUGAUCAAUGGAGACUACUCUGGUAUUUGUUCUUUCGGAUUACCAGUUACAGAUGAAAGGAUAUGUCGAGAGUUGGAGUGUACUUUCAAACACGAAACAUGCUCCAGUCAUACACCUGCACGUGGCUCACCAUGCGGAAACCCUUCUGAGAAAAAAUGGUGUAUCGAUGGUAAAUGUGUUGCAAGAGUGAUCGAAGGUACAACCGCUCAACCGGCAACGACAAAAAGCGCACCGACCUCGAAAGUACCGGAGAAACCAGCGGACUACGAAUGUUUCCAGACUUCAAAUAUGUACAGCGGAACGAGGACUGUGAGCAAAUCUGGCUUUACUUGCAUCAGCUGGGAAAGUAACGACUUUACUGACACUUCCGCUUUCCCCGAUAACAGCAUAGCUGAUGCCGCAAACUACUGCAGGGACCCGGAUGGUACUGGCCAACCUUGGUGUUUUGUUGAAAGUAUCUCAACAUACUGGGAGGUAUGUGACAUACCAAAAUGCGAGUAACUCGGAUGUGAUAAAUAUCCGCAUAUGCAUUACAAAAAUGGACAUUAAGAAGUACGUGCCAAAUUGAGUGUAUUAAUACAUUAUAAAAGAAGCAACAUUA